AUGCUGGACACCUACAGGAAUCUCACCACUAUUGGAUACAAUUGGGAAGACCAUAAUAUUGAAGAAUAUUGUCAAAGUGGUAGAAGACAUGGAAGGCACCAAAGACGUCAUGCAGGAGAGAAACACUGUGAAUAUACACAAUAUGAUAAAGUCUUCACAUAUCACAGUCAUCUUCACAAGCAUAAAGAAAUUCAAACUCAAGAGAAACCCUCUGAAGGCUUUGAACAUAUUGAAGCUCUUGCAUGUCAUAGUAGUCUUCAAAUACAUAAAAGAACAGAUACUGGAAAGAAACCCUACAAAUGUAAUCAAUGUGAUAAAGUCUUUUCACAACAGAUUCAUCUCCAAAGACAUAAAAGAACACAUACUGGAGAGAAGCCCUACGAAUGUAAUCAAUGUGAUAAAGUCUUUUCACAACAGAGACAUCUCCGAACACAUGAAAGAACUCAUACUGGAGAGAAACCUUAUGAAUGUGAUCAAUGUGGUAAAGCCUUUGCAUAUCAGUCUGCUUUGGUCUUGCAUAAAAGAACACAUACUGGAGAGAAACCCUAUGAAUGUGAUCAAUGUGGUAAAGCCUUUGCACAUCACUUUACUGUGGUCUUGCAUAAAAGAACACAUACUGGAGAGAAACCCUAUGAAUGUGAUCAAUGUGGUAAAGCCUUUGCAUAUCAGUCUGCUUUGGUCUUGCAUAAAAGAACACAUACUGGAGAGAAACCUUAUGAAUGUGAUCAGUGUGGAAAAACUUUUGCACAAAGAAAUCAUCUCCGAACACAUAAAGUAGUACAUACUGGAGAGAAACCCUACAAAUGUAAUCAAUGUGAUAAAGCCUUUUCACAACAGAGUCAUCUCCGAAUACAUGAAAGAACACAUACUGGAGAGAAACCUUAUAAAUGUAAUCAGUGUGGUAAAUCAUUUGUAUCUCAUAGUCAUCUUCAAAGUCAUGGAAGAAUUCAUACUGGAGAGAAACCUUACAAGUGUAAUCAAUGUGAUAAAGCCUUUUCACAACACAAUAGUCUCCAAAUGCAUAAAAGAACACAUACUGGAGAGAAACCCUACAAAUGCAAUCAAUGUGAUAAAGCCUUUGCACAAAGCAGUAAUCUCCAAUAUCAUAAAAGAACACAUACUGGAGAGAAACCCUAUAUAUGUGAUCAAUGUGGUAAAGCCUUUACCCAUCGAUCCUCUGUGGUCUUGCAUAAAAGAACACAUACUGGAGAGAAACCUUAUGAAUGUAAUCACUGUGGUAAAGCCUUUGCAUAUCACAGUACUCUCCAGUACCAUAAAAAGAAUCAUACUGAAGAAGCCCUGUGA